CCGUCGGCGUGAGUGGACUAUCGGGGUCCGCGCGUGGUGCUGUGCGUUCUUCCACGGUCGCCCUCCCACUCCAGGACCAUGGCCACCGAUUCCUGGGCCCUGGCGGUGGACGAGCAGGAAGCGGCUGUCAAGUCGAUAAGCAAUUUGCAGAUCAAGGAAGAGAAAGUCAAACCAGAAUCCAAUGGUGUUAUCAAAACCAGCAACCCAGCAGAGAAAACAGAUGAAGAAGAGAAAGAGGACAAAGCUGCCCAGUCCUUGCUCAACAAGCUGAUCAGAAGCAACCUCGUGGAUAACACAAACCAAGUGGAAGUCCUGCAGCGGGACCCCAGCUCCCCGCUGUACUCAGUGAAGUCCUUUGAGGAGCUCCGGCUGAAACCACAACUUCUCCAAGGAGUCUAUGCUAUGGGUUUCAAUCGACCAUCCAAGAUCCAAGAGAACGCAUUACCUAUGAUGCUUGCUGAACCCCCACAGAAUCUAAUUGCCCAGUCUCAGUCUGGCACUGGAAAGACUGCAGCUUUUGUGCUGGCCAUGCUCAGUCGAGUGGAACCAGGAGACAGACACCCCCAGUGUCUCUGCCUCUCCCCAACAUAUGAACUGGCACUUCAAACUGGAAAAGUGAUCGAGCAGAUGGGCAAAUUUUAUCCAGAACUAAAGCUUGCUUAUGCUGUUCGUGGCAAUAAAUUGGAAAGAGGGCAGAAGAUCAGUGAGCAGAUUGUCAUUGGCACCCCAGGGACUGUCCUGGACUGGUGCUCCAAACUCAAGUUCAUUGACCCCAAGAAGAUCAAGGUGUUUGUUCUGGAUGAGGCUGACGUGAUGAUAGCCACUCAGGGCCACCAGGAUCAGAGCAUCCGCAUCCAGAGGAUGCUGCCCAGGAACUGCCAGAUGCUCCUUUUCUCUGCCACCUUUGAAGACUCGGUGUGGAAGUUUGCCCAGAAGGUGGUCCCGGACCCCAAUGUGAUCAAACUGAAGCGCGAGGAGGAGACACUGGACACCAUCAAGCAGUACUACGUCCUGUGCAGCAACAGAGAUGAGAAGUUCCAGGCCUUGUGCAACCUGUACGGGGCCAUCACCAUCGCUCAGGCCAUGAUCUUCUGCCACACCCGCAAAACAGCCAGCUGGCUGGCAGCAGAGCUCUCAAAAGAAGGCCACCAGGUGGCCCUGCUGAGUGGUGAAAUGGUGGUGGAGCAGAGGGCAGCUGUGAUUGAGCGCUUCCGAGAAGGCAAAGAGAAGGUUCUGGUGACCACCAAUGUGUGUGCCCGUGGCAUCGACGUUGAGCAGGUGUCUGUCGUCAUCAACUUUGAUCUUCCCGUGGACAAGGAUGGGAACCCGGACAACGAGACCUACCUACACCGGAUCGGGCGCACGGGCCGCUUUGGCAAGAGGGGCCUGGCCGUGAACAUGGUUGAUAGCAAGCACAGCAUGAACAUCCUGAACCGAAUCCAGGAGCAUUUCAAUAAGAAGAUAGAAAGAUUGGACACAGAUGAUUUGGAUGAGAUAGAGAAAAUAGCCAACUGAGAAGCUCCACCUGUCCCUGGUGCCUGCCCUUGGCACAGCCCCUGCCUGGGAGACGAGAGCUGUCACACCUGACCUUGAUAGUCACCAAGAAGACGGGAUGUGAUAAGAGAAACUACCUACCUCACUUUAAAUUACAUUUGGACUUGACAAAUUUUGUUCAUUGACGAUGAGAAAUUGAAAAAAAAUCUGUAUUUUGGAAAAUGGUCCUUUUUUAAAAGCCUCAGUUUUCCUCAUUCUUACACUAAUCAUGUUGCUAUUGAUAAUCAGUUGUGGAAGCACCCUCUGCCUGUUUUCAGUAGAAGGGCUCUGUGAAGAAACUGCAGAGAGAGAAAUGGUGUGAGAGCCUCACCGUGCAUGGAUGUGAAUCCCACCAGCAUGGGGGCCCUGGGGCAGGCAGCAGCGCAGCUCCGGACCUGCACUUCUUCCAACCCGCUAUGCCUGUCAGGAGUCAGGACCCAAAUGCCAUCUUCUGUGUUUCACAAACAGACAACCUGCUGGCCCCUGUUACUUUCAUUCUUUAGGAGAAAAGGUCUCCCUGUUUCUCCCUGGUGAACAUCUUGGCUACUGUUUUAUAACAGAUCUGGAGAAAAAAAAACACAGAUAUCGGUGAAUCUUGCUAUUCCAACAAGACUGGCAGGGGCUAAGGAAUCCUUUGGCCAUCUUCUGCUCCUCCUCACUCCAGCACUCCAUCAGCCCAUGGUCCUGGUCUUUGAUCAUAGCAAAUAAGCGGCACCAGCUAGGUUUAUGAACACGUCUGGCCUAGUUCUUAUCCAUGGGAUCACACAGUGACUGCGGCUGAGCAAUUACAACCAUGUGAGAAGAGUGUGCUGUUCAUCUAGACUUCAUGGGUUCCUUUAAUUCUUACACUGUGUGCAGGAACACAGAUGGAGAAAUUGUAGCUGUAUAUGCAUCAUUCAUUUUUAGAAAUUUUAGUCAUGAGAAAUGCUUUACUAAUCAUGACUUGAUUUUAUUUCUAUUCUUAUUAACGUAAUAUAUUAUGCUUAU